UAUCUGUCUCCAUUACAGUGAGAGUGGCAAGAAUAUCGUCUUUUACAACCGCUUGCGGAAAAAGGAAAGCCAUAAAAAUCGUUUCUUUGUCUUUUUUGAGUAUAGCAUUGUGAGUAGUGGUUUAGAGUGAAGCUCGAAAACAUGGCCGAUUUUUCGUUUGUUUCAGAUAGCGACGAUGAAAAGGCGGUGGAGGAGCUUCUGUCUCAGGCGAUGGAUCAGUCUGUUCUCGAGCAGGUCGCCGCCAUAAACUGCUCCGGAUUUUCCCACUCCGACCUCCCCGAUCACCUCGAAGCUCGCUUUCGGAAGCUCAAAACUUUCCCGGCCACAAAACCCAAACCCUCAAACCCAUGCUCUAAAAGCUUCAAUGUUUCUCAGUCCGUUGAUUUCCCGGGGAAAAAGGAAGAUCGAGCCGAGGAGAAGGGUUUGAAGGAGAAUCCGGAUUCUUCUAUUGCUUCACCUAUACCAAAAUUGGAGACUGAGAAUCAUGAUUUCUCUGCUUCCAAGAAAGACCCAGAUAGAAAAAUGGAUUCUGAGCCGAAAUCCGGGUCUGGGUCAUCUUCAUUUUCUGUGGGUUCGCCCGAUUUUUCAACGGAGCCCCCUUCCCCGCCGGCGAAAACUGGGUGCAUGUGGUGCUCCCCCAAGAAGGUCUCGAAGAAGAAGGGGAAAGAGAACAGGGGGGCCACUAUCAUCGGUAAAGGAUUCGAUUGGGGGAAGAGCGAUGCUGAGUUUCUAUCGGAUUUGAGCACCUUUUCCAAGAAGAAUCAGGAGAAAAUGCUGAAGAAAGCCAUGAAGGAAGAGGAGAAGAUCAACAGGGAGGCUGAGAAGAUUGUCCAGUGGGCAAAACAGGCCUCUGCUAGGAUCGAUUUUGCUGGUCUUGAUGAUGAACUCACUGAUAAUGAAGCUCAUGGACGAUGAUUUGUUUCUAUCAUAUACUAAUAUAUAUGUACAUUUAUAUAUAUAUAAGAUGGCAGUUUAUGGAUGAUGAAAACAACACCUCCAGGGAAGAACACUCUGCAGGCAACAACAAACUAUUCUGAGAAGUUCACCAUUUAUCCUUUUUGUUUUCGUUAUUUACUUGAAAUGAUUUCUUUAAUUGGGUUUCCAUUAAGGGAGGUAGAAGUGGAGAAUUAUGCUUAAGUUAUUGAUGUGAUUCUAUUUCUAUAAGAAAGUUACUAUUGCAGUGAGUGAAAGGGUAUUCUUGAAAUCACUAGGGGGAUGAGAGUAUUUUCAAAAAAGGGGGAUGAGAGUAUUAUUGAAAAUAAAUUGCUAAUAUAUUAA